AUGACCGAAACCCUUCUUAGCUACCUAACGACACGCAACCCAAAUGUCUACCUGUUUGCCAAACCACAGCUGAGCUACACCUUCAAUUCAGACUGGGACCCAGUUGACAGUGUAAGAGAAUGGACCGAUUUCAACUACGAUACCCUCCACCUACGCUUCAGAAAUGAGUUGAACCGCCAUGUAUCACCGUUUGAUACUGCCAGGAACUGUGAAGCGGGAGGUUUCAACAAUAUAUUUGACGAACGUGGCCUCUCUGAUCUCAUAUGCAUGUCUAUUAUGGGUCCUGUAUCGGCAGUACUUCCUUCUGCAUUCAUUACGUCCGGCGGAAGAGUUACGCAUCACGUAGGAUGUAUCCCUGACUGGGGCGCUGGGAAGGAUGAGGCUAGAGAUCAGUUUGGAAAGGCGAAAGCUCUUGUUAUUGGCGACACAAAAUUCAACUGGUCAUCAAUCAACGCCUUUAAUGCCGUCCAGAACACGAGAAACGGGUUCUAUGAAGAUUCGACGUUGAUCGACACAGUCAGACCUAUCGAGCAAGUCCAAUAUUACGGAGCUGUUUACGGAUGCCGGUAUGUGUAUAUUAUCAGCGAUCAGGAGCUCGUGGUGAUGCAGCUCCAUUUGGCACCAGACCCAGUUCGAACAUCACCCAGACCUCAACGCACUCGCCUACCACCUUCACAUCAACGGGUAACAUCUUCUUCCACUAUUUCGAGGAAGUUGACGGACAUGUCUAUUGAUGAAUCAUGCUUCAAAGCCAGUAUUGGGCUGGUGGAAUACAAGAAAAUUCCUUGGAGCGCUACAAGCGGACUUACGAUCAAACUAGCAUUGUAUUGCCUUGUUCGUUUAGCAGCCGAGGAUGGGAAUGAUCUCAAAACGGAUUACCCACGUUUGACGUCUCAAGUGGAGCCAUCUGUUACUCAGCUUCUCCCAUCAACGGCCCUACCAAGCGUACAGCCGCGAGGCUCUAUACAAACAUCGAGCACGGUCGCCAGCACACCACAAACGAGCAACGAAACGGCAGCCCAAUACUACAAUACCACUGUAGUAUGGAACAAAGCUCGCACUGGUUAUAUAUACAAAGACAAUAACAGUCAAUGGGUAUUCGAUGACCCAACAUCCAAUUGGAAGGAGAUUGGGGGCCAAAUCUUCAAAUUCCAGGGAGCUCCGCCGUAUGCGCGCUCAUCCAUGCCCCAUUGA